AUGGUUAGCCACGUUCUCGUUGUCUUGCUGUGCGUUGUCGCUUGGGGUCACGUCGAAGGCGCCACCAAGGUAUUUCGAUCUGGCGUUCCCCAGAGCACCGCCAAGGAGUUCGUUCCGAUGUCUGGCAACGUUCCAGUGGACUCUCACACCAGUUACAACUACGAGCGUGGGAGCCAAGACACGACCAGCGGCCAGCGAAGCACUGGAACUGCGUCGAGUCCGUACGAAAACGUCCUGGGAGGGAAUAAUGUCGGGAUGCUUGGAGGUAUCGGUAUUGGCGGCGAGCAAGCUGUCCUACCUUCCGACAACAACUUUGCACUGCAGUCGUCGUCCCCGCUUGGGAAUGUCGGUGGCUUAGGGGGGGGCGUGCUGGGUCACGAACUCGGCUAUGGCCUCAUGAACACCCCCCCUGGUGGCUUCCAUGGCAUUUGA